CCAGUGAUUGUGGUUUCUCUCUCUUAUUACCACAUCCUCAUCUCUCUCUAUCUAUCCGACCCCUCUCUCUCUACUCUGGUACUAACGCGUGGCUUGAAGAAAAGCAAAAUUUCGAUUUGAGAGAGGGAUUUGCUUCAUUGAUUUUGCAGAUUGGUCUUGUAAUUAGGGUUUUUUGGGGCGGUGGUGGUGGUGGUGGUGGUGGUGGAGCGAAAGAUGAAGCUGAGAAAGCCGGUGGUGUUCUUGCUGUUGGUCACCGUUGUAGCCCCCAUUGUUCUGUACACUGACACACUAAGCUUCAAGACUUCCCGCUCUAGAAGUGAAUUUGUAGAAGAUGUUUCGACUUUUACAUUCGGUGGGGAAAUCAUGCCACUCAAUGUACUCCCGCAGGAGUUAUCAGUAACCCUAAAAGAGCCACAGGGGAUUGUUUAUUCGGAGAAUUCUAGCAAAUCUCUUUCGGAUUCCGAUGGAGAGAGCACUCACAAAAGUAGACAACUCACUGAAGAAUCAAUGGAGCACCAAACCAGUGGAGAUGACCAUUCUGUAGAGGUUAACCCGAUAAAGCAGGUGACUGAUGGAGUUCAUGAAACAAAUCAGGGUGACAACAUCUCUCUGAAAGCUGAACCAACAGGCGAAAAGGAAGGCGGGGAGAAACAAAGGGACAAGGAGAAAGAAGUGAAAUCAAGGGCAUCUGAGCAGAAAUCGGAUGUUGCCACUAAGAACAUGGAAAUAAAACGUGACCAACCAUCUUCCCGAACCACUGCGAAAGUUGCAAUCAAAGAACCUAUAAGGACUAAAAGUGAGAAACAGAAUGAUCAAACAGUUUUUCCAGAUGCUCGUGUUCGGCAGCUUAAGGAUCAGCUUAUCAGGGGAAGGGUAUACCUUUCCCUUGCAGCUACAAGAAACAAUGCUCACUUUAUAAGGGAGCUCAGGCUACGGAUGAAGGAAGUUCAACGAGUGCUUGGAGAUGCUAGCAAGGAUUCUGACCUACCAAGAAAUGCCAAUGAAAAAUUGAGGGCAAUGGAGCAAACAUUAGCAAAAGGCAAGCAAAUUCAAGACGACUGUACUGCUGUCGUAAAGAAGCUUCGUGCCAUGCUUCACUCUUCAGAAGAGCAGCUGCGAGUCCACAAGAAGCAGACAGUGUUUUUGACACAUUUAACUGCUAAAACACUUCCUAAAGGUCUUCAUUGUCUUCCUUUGCGCCUUUCAACCGAGUACUUCAGCUUGAAUUCGUCUGAACAGCACUUCCCGAACCAAGAUAAACUAGAAGACCCCAGUCUGUACCACUAUGCACUAUUCUCAGAUAACAUAUUGGCAGCAGCAGCAGUUGUAAACUCAACAGUUUCCCAUGCCAAGGAUCCUUCAAAGCAUGUUAUCCACAUUGUUACUGAUAGGCUCAAUUAUGCAGCAAUGAGGAUGUGGUUUCUGGCAAACCCUCCAGGCAAAGCUACGAUAGAGGUGCAAAAUGUUGAAGAAUUUACAUGGUUAAAUUCAAGUUAUAGUCCGGUUCUCAAGCAGUUGGGGUCGCCAUCCAUGAUAGAUUAUUACUUUAGGACUCGUCGUGCUGAUUCUGAUUCAAAUUUGAAAUUUCGGAACCCAAAGUACCUCUCAGUCAUGAAUCAUCUCCGGUUUUACCUGCCGGAGAUCUUCCCCAAGCUCAAUAAAGUAUUGUUCUUAGAUGAUGAUAUAGUGGUGCAGAAGGAUCUCACUGCUCUCUGGUCCCUUGAUCUGCAUGGGAAAGUGAUUGGUGUGGUUGAAACUUGUGGAGAAAGCUUCCAUCGGUUUGAUCGUUAUCUCAACUUUUCAAAUCCUCUCAUUUCAAAACAAUUUGAACCCCGUGCUUGUGGAUGGGCAUUUGGAAUGAAUAUCUUUGAUUUGGAGGAAUGGAAGAGACAAAAUAUCACGGAGGUGUACCACUCAUGGCAGAAACUGAAUCAUGACAGACAGUUGUGGAAAUUGGGGACCCUGCCACCUGGUCUAAUCACAUUUUGGAAACGCACUUAUUCCCUUGAUCGGAAUUGGCAUGUACUGGGCCUAGGUUACAACCCAAAUGUCAGCCAGAAGGAUAUCGAAAGAGCUGCUGUCAUACACUACAAUGGCAACUUGAAACCAUGGCUUGAGAUAGGCAUACCCAAGUUCCGAAGCUACUGGGCAAAACAUGUUGAUUAUGAGCAUUUGUAUUUGCGGGAGUGCAACAUUAAUCCAUAAAAUGGCUCUCAUUGACUCUUUAGAGCAUAAACAUCCUACCAGUGCCAUUUUGACAUAUAUUUUUACAGAUACGCUGAAGUGCAGAUGUACAUGUAAACGAAUGGGAACUAGUUUUUUGGCCAUAAUUCAUUAAGCAGUACGUUAUCUCCUCGAGGUCAUGUAUAUGAUAUUUUUUUAGCUUCACCGCAGCUCCUCUUUUGGUAUCCUUUGCGCCAGUAAUUGCAGGUUCUACGAAGUAUAAGUUUUUUUUUUCCCUUGUAUUGCACCCCCCACUCCCCCACCCAGCGAUCCUUCUCAAGCAAAUACAUACAUUGGAUAACGAAGAAAAAUCUUUGAAUUUAGAAAUGAAUCACAAUGCUUCAUUGCUGCGUACUUUGUAGAUUUUGUAUGUGAGAAGAAAUUGAUAUAUUAGAAUCAUUUGGUAUUCGUUUGGUUCA